UCGUGGGACCAAUACCACUUAAGGCUUAUGUCUUCUAUCACUUUCUCUUGUUUUUAUUUACCUGAAAAAUGUCAGAAUUAUCAGGCCAAUGAAUCUCCUUUAUUUCACUCUUUUUUCCCCCCUGUAUCUGCAAACCACAUUAGAGAUCUUAAAAAUAAAACAUCCAUUGGAUAAUACAGUAAGCCAUAGCUUUCAUGACUUUAGCUUUUCUUAAAGAAAACCUGUUUAUCCAUCUCUUUAUUCAUCUGUGCAGCCCUUUAAUUUAAAAAUGUCAGUCCCAUCUCUCCACUUUCAAGAAGGAAAAUUCCACUGGGGGGUCUUUGUAGGGGUCCCUGCUUCCAUUCCCGGGAUGGAGCCAUCAACUCGGGUGUGAACCUUCAGGCGACCCCCAGGACAGGGGCUCCUCUUAGGAAGACCAGAGAGCAAGGAACCAAACCCACAGAGGAAAGAAAGAGCUUCUCUAAGAGGAUGUUGCAAUAGGAAGUAAGAAACCCAGCUAGAUUGGAGGAUGCUGGAGCCCUCUGGGGUGAUGUGAGCAGAGCCCAGGAAUGCCUUAUGUGGAUCGGCAGAACCGCAUCUGUGGGUUUCUGGACAUCGAGGAGAAUGAGAGCAGUGGCAAGUUUCUGCGGAGGUACUUUAUCCUGGAUACGCAGGCCAACUGCCUCCUCUGGUACAUGGACAACCCCCAGAACCUGGCAGUUGGGGCAGGAGCCGUCGGAUCUUUGCAGCUGACCUACAUCUCGAAGGUGAGCAUAGCUACCCCAAAGCAGAAACCCAAAACUCCGUUUUGCUUCGUCAUCAAUGCCCUGUCACAGAGAUACUUUCUUCAAGCCAAUGACCAGAAAGAUCUGAAGGACUGGGUCGAAGCCCUGAACCAAGCCAGCAAAAUCACUGUACCCAAAGCUGGGAACCUGCCCCUGACGACUGAAGUUCUCAAAAGCCUAGCAGUUCCUCCGGCCCUGGAGAAGAAGCCACAGGUGGCCUACAAGACUGAGAUCAUCGGAGGGGUGGUGGUGCACACACCCAUCAACCAGAACGGUGGGGAUGGGCAGGAGGGGAGUGAGCCCGGCUCCCACGCCAUCCUCCGAAGGUCUCAGAGUUACAUCCCCACGACGGGCUGCCGUGUGCCCCCCGGGCCCCCCCUCAUUAAGAGCGGCUACUGUGUGAAGCAAGGGAACGUGCGGAAGAGCUGGAAACGGCGCUUCUUUGCGCUCGAUGACUUUACCAUCUGCUACUUCAAGUGUGAGCAGGACCGAGAACCACUGCGGACCAUAUUCCUCAAGGAUGUUCUCAAGACUCACGAGUGUCUGGUCAAGUCUGGCGAUCUCCUAAUGAGGGACAACCUGUUUGAAAUAAUCACAAGCUCGAGGACCUUCUACGUGCAGGCAGACAGCCCAGAAGACAUGCACAGCUGGAUUAAGGAGAUCGGGGCAGCUGUCCAGGCCCUCAAGUGCCACCCCAGAGAAAUGUCCUUUUCUAGGUCCAUUUCUUUGACCCGCUCUGGAGGCUCCAGCCUUGCAGGGGGGCCCAACUCUGCCUUGUGCAGAGGGCGGCCCCCUGUGGAGGAGAGAAGGGCCCUCUGCAAAGCCCCCUCCGUGGCCUCGUCCUGGCAGCCGUGGACGCCUGUCCCCCGGGCUGGGGAAAAGCUGCUUCCCGCCGAAGAGACUCUCGAGGACUCUUUGUUCACGCCUCGCCCCGGGGAGAGCGGCACUGCUGGGGUGUCGCCCAGCUCCCGGAUGAGGCACAGAUCGGAGCCCCAGCACCCCAAGGAGAAGCCGUUUGUGUUCAGCCUGGAUGAUGCGAGCAUACGGACCUCUGACGUGUGAUGAGGCGUGGUGCCCAGGGAGGGUUGGUGGGGGGGGCAGCUCAGACAAGGGGCCACGGUGUAGCUUCUCCACCUGCUCGAAUCCCUAGGGAGCUCUGUGGGAGGGGCCCUCCCAGCUGGCUUAAAAAAAUAUGUAUAUCAAUGCAGUGUAUUUAAUUUGGGGAAAGUCACUAGGUUAGGCCUGUAGGUAUGCCCAGUGGAGAGCGGGGUGCCUCUUACUUGACUAUUCCAAGGUCUUCCUGGUGAGAGGAGGUUGGAAGUCCAAUCUCAUCCCCAACCAAGUUUUAUUUCCCUGUCUUAGUCUUAUCCCUUUGUUUCCAAGCCAGGCACAGAAUCUUAAGGCCGGUCAUCUGGUUUUAUCCUAUUUCCUGUUUAUUGGCUGAAGUUUGACUGUGAAGAGCAGGGUGGAGACUAGUGCAGCUGAUGGGAGGGGGGGAGGAGGGGGGAGGAGGGGGCAGACCCAGGCUCCAGCUCCACAGGGACACAUUCUGAGGGGAGGUGUUAAAAUCUGGGGGCUCGGGGGGGGGUCCCUCAGAAUGUUGACCAGGGCUGAUCCCCCCAGGGGACCUCCGUAGGGGAAGACCUAGGGACCUCUUGUAAGGUACGGGGAAUGAUUCCACCUCAGCGCAUCAGCCAGUUUUGGAAAUGACUCUCUACUCUUCUGGACGUUCUCUGACCCUAAAUACUGUCGAUGUGAGAGACAGACCUGCCCACCCGGCUUCUGUGUCAGGCCCCAAGGAUGCGUGAAAUCAGCAUUCAAUGUUGAGAACAGAAUGGACAGUACCCUUGAUAACCGGGUUACUUGGAACAUGGAGAGGGUUGAUGAAUGUGUGAUAAUUCACUCCUGUGACAGAUCAGAUCUCUGUUCUAGAAUGUGAGAGUCACUUUACAGCCGGUGCUGGGAAGAGAUGGAUUAUAGUUCACCCAGCUCAAAUGUUUUGAUCCAUGUUUUCCAGAUAGAAGAAAAGGUCUGUGUUAGCAAAGACGGAUGACCUUGACUCUGUGCCUCACAGCCCUUCUUUAAGGGGCCGAUGGAAGUCUAAUUUUCAGUGGUGUGUGGUGUGUACCCUGCCAGGUGUGCUUUCUUCCCAUGCUUUGUGUUGCCCUUUGAAUGAUGCCUUGUGUACUUGCGUGAUCACACCUGUCAUCUGAUGAGGUCCCCUGUACUUAACAGCGAACAGAUAACAAAGAUAAUCUCGAGAGAUAUUUAUAUUUUUAAUAAAAUAGAAAUGUGCAUAGAAACAUUGAUUUAGAGGCUGUGCUUUGCUGCCUAGAGACUUCCCGGAGAGAAGAACAUAGAUUGUAUUUCCCAUGCCACAUCUUAGGAGCUACAUUCUUCUGUUUGACAAGGGAGUCUUCUAUAUUUCCAGGGUCCCUGGGAGAAUCUGUCCAUCCGGCUUAGGUGGUGAACCUGAAGGGGUUCCCUGAAGGGAGGGAGCUUAACUCACUUCUGUCUGUAACUUUUUAUCAGCUAGAUCAUUCACUUUUGUCUUUACAUUAAAAAUUAGUGACUAGAGGAGGAGAUCAGGAGAAGCAUUUUUACCUCAGUCAGUCCUUUCCCCUGCUUAUGCCCAAAUCUCAUGCAGGGGCAAAAACAUGUGAUUAGAAAAUCCUUACUGGCUGGUGGGAAAUCCUCUGUGUCUUUCAGGCACUGGAGUCUCCUUGAAGUCUGUGUCAGGUUGAGGACUUUUCUUGACUGCGCUGCUGAAACCUUCAUUUAAGUUGUUUGGCUGAGUGGUCCUGGUGUCAACAUUGAUACAAAAAAGGAAAUCUGCCCUGGAUCGAUUGGUCAACUGAUCAAUCUCUCUCUUUUUCUGUUUUCUGCAGCCUCUUGUAUACUUUUAUCCUCAGAAAUCCGUGGUUUGGGGAUUAUUUAUCUGAGUGGUCAGGGAGACAAUAUACUUCAAGUGGUCUGAUUUCAAGAAGCCAUUCCCAGUUCUUAAAACUGUUUUGUCUCUAGUUUCAUCUUCAAAUUUUACUUGAGAAAAUUCUUUGGCUAGGUCAGUGAUACGGAACUACCAAAAGUAAAUUAGGAACUUUUGAGAUCUCUUAAAACAGUCCCUAACUCAUGGAGAGAUGUCAUCUCUUGAUGCUUAAGUUGUGAAAACCUAUCCAUUUCUCUCUCUUUUAAGUAAACUGCUGGAUUACCAUUGCUAAAUCAAUUGGCCAUUAUAGUAAGCUGAUCUGUUUCUUAUUCAGUAAGGUCUAUUUUGAGAAUGUACCAAAUUAAACAUACUUAUAAAUCCAGAUUGUAUUAUUGUGGUAGAAGGCAAACAAGGACUCUAGUUGGCAAAUAUUUGGGAAUUCCAAGUUAGGACAUUGUUAAUGUAGUUCCAACACUGGAUAAAUAUAAUUAUCUUCAAGGAAAGACAUUCUCCUUCCGAAAUCUGAAUCUGAAUUCUGAAAUUGAAUUCCUUUUUGUGUCCGUAUUUCUUACCUCUGGUUAAUUUCAUAUCACCACCUUUUAAUGUAACUACCUGUGUGAGCCAAAGAUGGCGCCUAUACCGCUAGAGCCUCUGGUUUUAAAUGUGUAAAAUGGAACCAAAUGGAAAGAACAGGGUGGGGACGCAAUAUUGGUUAGUAAGUUAAGUGCAUAGGCUUGGGCAUAAAUCUGUGUUCAAAAAAAAAAAAAAAAGAACCAAAAAAUAUACUGCAUUUUCUUUGUGGAGUAAAAA